AUGGGUGGUCCAGGCUCAGGAGGGUACAAAAACAAACCAGGUGAUACCGAAACUCAUUCAGCAUGGGAUAUUAUUCCUCAAGAUCCAGAGGGCACUCAGAAGCUGGCGCAGGUGCGAUGCAAAUACUGCAGCAGAGAAAUGGCCCAGCAUACCUCCCGACAGCGCGUCCACCUUCUCAGCUGCCGAAACUACCUUGACGCGAUGAAAGAACAAGGCAUCGAGAACAGUAUUACUCGUCAAGCCGCCGAUCCUCAAGCAUUUUUUAGAAGCUCUGACUGGGCGCAAAGAACCACCGAGGCAAAGGCUCCAAAGGUCCUCAAAAUGGGCGAUCACACUACCGCUGUGCGCAUUCAGGCAUUGGCGCUGGCGGAAGCGAGCAUUGCAUACGAUCGCAUCCAGGAAAUCACUGGAAUGGACCCGAAAGUGAUGGCUGGCCUGCGACGACUUGCGCGUGAACGUGGAUACGACCCAAGUGUCUCGAUGCAGCUGAAAGAAGAAUACGUCCUUGAUCCCCCAAACACCCCUCGCCCUCGGGGCCGACCACCUAAGAAGAGGAAAACUGAGGAAGAGGUCGAUCCCGCCUUGACCAACAUGCAGCAAGAAGGCUCGCGACCCCAGAGUCCCAGUUACAGUGGCACACCCACCAACCGCAGCAAUCUGCCUCCCGGACAGUGGGAUUUCAUCGCCCCUACACCACCACCCAGUGGGUACACCAUGACCUGA